AUGAUUCCCAAAGAAGCUAAACCAAAUCAGCAAGAGACGAUGACUAAGCCGCAACCACUGUCGUUAUCAUCACUCCCAGACGAAAUCUUAGAGAACAUUCUUGCCCGCCUCUCCAAGUGGAAUUACCCUAAUCUCUCUCUUGUCUCCAAGAGAUUCCUCUUUCUCCUCUCUUCUCCCGAACUCUACACUACGCGAUCUCACAUCGGAACCACCGAACCAUGCCUCUAUUUUUGCUUAGACGACUUGCCCAUUAUACCACAUCCCAAAUGGUUUACUCUUUGGAUGAGACCUGCGGAUGAAACCCUAGAAGACGACGAUGAAAUUCUUGAAGACUAUUCGUUGGUUUCGGUACCCUCUUGUCGUCACCAUCUUAAACACGUACCAUACUCUUCCACCGUAGCUGUUGGCUCGGACAUCUACGUAAUCGGUGGACCCUACAAGGGGCCGCCGUCUUCACUUGUUUGUAUCUUUGAUUGUCGGAGUCACACAUGGCGUGAAGGUCCCAACAUGUUGGUGGCCCGUGAGGAGGCGUAUGCGUUUCAUAUCGAUGGGAAAAUAUAUGUAAUGGAAGAGGACCGGAAAGACGAUAAUUGGAUGGAAGUAUUAGACAUAAAGACUCAAACUUGGAGUUGCUUGCUGGGCCAUGGAGCUACUGAGUUUCGUGACGAUUGGUUUCUUGUCAAUGUGUUUAGAGGACAGAUAUACGUAAUUGCUGCUACGGAGAAUUUUGCAUAUGAGCCAAAAGAAGGGACAUGGGAAGUUGUGGAAACGCACGAGUGUUAUGGACAUAUUGAUAGUUGGUGUGAGAUAGAGGAUGUAAUGUUUUGUUUUACGAACUCUGGUCAUUGCAUGUGGUAUGACACUGAGAGUGGAGAGUGGAGAGAGGUCAAGGGUUCGGAUAUGGAAGUAUUGCGUGAUACAAGCGAGCAUAGCUUAGCAUGGGGGUGUGUUGUUGAAAUUGUUAACCAUGGUGGGAAACUAUUAGUUAUCUGGGUCUCCAGAUACAAGACAAAGCAGACAAGGAGAAUUUGGUGUGGGAAGAAGCGCCAUGAAGGUGAGAUUUGGGGUAAGAUGGAAUGGGUUAAUGAAGUCCUUACGGUCACCAAUUCGUUUAACUUCUUGAGUUGUGUACUCAUUAUGAUUUAA